UGUGAACAGAGCUCAGCAGAGCAAAACGACUAGAAGGGAGGGGCGGUGUGAACAGAGGCACAGAGCACGGAAGAGCAAAAGGCUUCUCCUCGUUUAUUUCCCCUUCCUCCGUACGACGCCGGCGGUAGUCAGUACGGAAGCGAGGAACGCCAAUGCAGGCACCCAAGCGCGGCACGGAGAGUACCGAGAUCGACAAGACGAUGCCAUCCUCCCACGGCUCCUCCUCUUCCCCCGCCGUCGUGGUCAUCAGCCUCGACAGCGACAGCGACGACGCCACCGACGCCCUCUCGACGCCGGCCGCCGAGCGCAUCGCCUCCACCCUGCGCACCCAGGAGGAGGUCGACGACCUCUGCAGGAAGCACGGCGUGCCGCGGGAGUUCUCCGCGCGCCCCGCGGGCGACGACCUGCGCGCGAGCUCGACGCCGCCGCCGGGGGCCGUCUGCGUCUACGCGCACGCGCUGGAGGCCGGGGUCCGCUUUCCGCUGCACGCCUUCUUCUGCGAGGCGCUCAACCACUUCUCCCUCGCGCCCGGCCAGCUUACGCCCAACGGGUGGCGCAUCUUGGUCGGGUUCGUCGCGCUCUGCCACGACGCCGGCGUGCGGCCGUCGCUGCCCGUCUUCCGCCGCUUCUUCUCGCUGUUGAACAGAGAAGGAAAGGCCUGGUACUACUUCCGGUGCAAGGGCGCGGCCCGAGCGCUCUUCACUGGCCUGACCAAUUCAAAGUCCGAGAGAGAGUGGAAAGGGGGUUUCUUCUUCCUGACAUCCCCGGAGCCAUGGCCGUGCCCCGUGCGUUGGGGCGAGCCGCCUCUCGCGACAUCCAACGUCGAUCCGGUGCUUACAAGCGAGGAGGAGAAAUCCGUAGAAAAGCUGCUAGGCGUGCACCUCGGCACCGCGGUUGAUCUCCGGACUUACCUCCGUAAGGCCGAUCUCGCCGCGGCCUUGGCUUCCAACCUCACCGGCAAAUCACCACCGCCACCGCCACAACCUUCUCCUCCUUCAUCUGGUGCCAAAGGGAUUGAUCCAUCCGCGGAGAAGGUGGCAGUCGUAAAGACGGAGAAGUUGGAUACUGAGCCGGACGGCGAGAUGCCGCCGCUGUCCGGGAAGAAGAGGAAACGGGAGGAGUCUGCUAAUGGAAAAGAAGUACUUCGCCGUCGUGAGCAGCUGAGCACGCCACCUGCAGCCAAUCUCUGCCCGGCCUCGCCGUCCAGCUUGGGUCCACCACCAGGCUUCGUCCCGAAGCCUCCGCCCCUGCCCGUGCUACCAGACGCACACGACGGCGACAGCGCUGACUGGGAGGCCGCGCGGAAGGUGCUGGAGUGCGCCGUCACGCCGUCGCGGGAGCGCCAGUUCGCCGCCGCCAAUCCUUCCGACGUCGUCGCGUCGAGCUACAUCACAAUGCUCCAGGCGGCGAACUACGCGACCUUCACCGCCGCCUACGCGCUGGAGCUGGAGCAGAAGCUGGCGGCGCGGGACGCCGAGGUCGCAGUUCUGAGGGAGCAGCUGGAGAAGUCGGAGGCGGAGAAGGAGAGCGUCAAGGCGGCGGCGGUGUAGCAGUUCGUGGAGUCGGAGGAGCACAAGCGAAAGCUGGCGGAGCACGUGAUGGACGGGUACGAGCGCGGCGCGGAGGCUAUGAAGCUCGUGGCGCUCCGGCUCGACCCUGGCCUCGACGCCGCUCGCCUCGUCCUGCCGCUUGAUUAGCUUUAGCCAUUAGGCCUUUAGCUUAGCUUACUGGUUAAUUUAUCGAUCAUUUUCGGUUUGGAACCGUUGUCGACGACGACGAUCGACGUUUGGACUUGGUCAGUAGAGUUCUGCGGCUGGUAGUGCAGAGUAGCCUCUAACUGGAACUGGCAUGGUUUUCGGACACUGUUAGGCCCCGUUUGGUAUCUCAGUAUUUUUAGAGUAUUCUGAGAAUACCACAGUUUUCAAAAUUACUCUGGUUUCAAAUAUUUCGAAAUGUUUGGAUACAACAAAAAACUACAGUAUUAAUAUCAUGGUAUUCCUAAAA